AAUACUUCACUCAAUUUCCAUCUGAGAGAGAGAGAGAGAGAGAGGGACUCCAAGGUCCCUGUGGAAAUUGAUAUUAAAAAUCACAGACACUGAUCAAUAGAAAAAGAAUCCCAAUAAUUUUUAAUCCAUUUUGUUCUCAUCCCUGCCCUUUCUGUGCACAAAUACAAAAGAAAAGUCAAGAAAACACGCGUUUGACCUCCACACCAUCACCAAAUCAUGCAAUUCAGAUCUUCGCAGGAAUGCCCAUUUCAAUUUUCUCUUCACAAUUGGCUCUAAUGGCAAGAAUUCUGGUAUUGGUGGGGUUGGUGGUGGUGGGUCUGAUCAGUGGUGGCUGGGGUGAAGAAGAAAGAAGGUCCCAAGAAGCGCCAUGGAGGAUCCACACAUUAUUCUCGGUGGAAUGCCAGAACUACUUCGAUUGGCAGACUGUGGGCCUCAUGCACAGCUUCAGGAAGGCGGGACAACCAGGGCCCAUCACCCGACUACUCAGCUGUACGGAGGAUGAAAAGAAAAAUUACAGAGGCAUGGACUUGGCUCCUACUCUUGAGGUCCCUUCCAUGAGCAGACAUCCCAAAACUGGUGAUUGGUAUCCUGCAAUCAACAAACCAGCUGGGAUUGUCCACUGGCUUAAAAAUAGUGAAGAUGCCGAAAACGUCGAUUGGGUGGUCAUACUUGAUGCAGAUAUGAUUGUCCGAGGCCCAAUAAUACCAUGGGAGCUUGGUGCAGAGAAAGGCAGACCUGUUGCAGCAUAUUACGGGUACUUGGUUGGAUGUGAUAAUAUUCUUGCUCAGUUGCAUACAAAGCACCCUGAAAUCUGCGACAAGGUUGGUGGGCUUUUAGCCAUGCAUAUAGAUGAUCUUCGAGCUUUGGCACCCAUGUGGCUUUCGAAAACUGAAGAAGUACGAGAAGACAGAGCUCAUUGGGCAACCAAUAUAACUGGUGAUAUUUAUGGGAAAGGUUGGAUCAGCGAGAUGUAUGGAUAUUCAUUUGGUGCUGCAGAGGUGAAACUUCAACACAAGAUUAAUGAUCACUUGAUGAUUUACCCAGGCUACAUCCCACGAGAGGGUGUUGAGCCAAUUCUUUUGCACUAUGGCUUGCCAUUUAGUGUUGGAAAUUGGUCAUUUUCUAAAUUAGAUCACCAUGAAGAUGAUAUUGUGUAUGAUUGUGGCCGACUCUUCCCUGAACCUCCUUAUCCUAGAGAGCUAAAAGCAAUGGAAGCUGACACCAACAAAAGGAGAGCACUAUUUUUGAAUAUAGAAUGUAUAAACACUUUGAAUGAAGGUCUUGUAUUACAGCAUGCGGCACAUGGAUGUCCGAAGCCAAAGUGGUCAAAAUAUAUGAGCUUUUUAAAGAGCAAAACUUUUGAUGAACUUACUCAGCCAAAGUUCCCUACUCCUGAAAGUCUAAAAACAAUGGAAACUGAACUUCAACAGCGAGUUCUUCAUGAACAGCAGGUCGUUGAUGAACCUGAGAUGCCACAUCCAAAAAUCCACACCAUUUUCUCCACGGAAUGUUCCCCUUACUUCGAUUGGCAAACUGUAGGACUUAUCCACAGUUUCCACCUGAGUGGCCAGCCUGGAAAUAUCACGAGGUUGCUCAGCUGUACAGAUGAAGACUUAAAGCAAUACAAAGGCCAUGAUUUAGCUCCCACACACUACGUUCCAUCCAUGAGCCGACAUCCGCUAACUGGGGAUUGGUAUCCAGCAAUCAAUAAACCAGCUGCAGUGCUUCAUUGGCUUAAUCACGCUAAAAUUGAUGCAGAGUUCAUAGUAAUUCUGGAUGCUGACAUGAUCAUGAGAGGACCAAUUACACCAUGGGAAUUCAAAGCAGCACGUGGGCGGCCUGUUUCAACUCCCUAUGACUACCUAAUUGGCUGCAACAAUGAGCUCGCAAAGCUUCAUACUCGUCAUCCUGAAGCUUGUGACAGGGUUGGUGGUGUGAUCAUAAUGCAUAUAAAAGAUCUUCGGAAAUUUGCUCUGCUGUGGCUGCAUAAAACUGAGGAGGUUCGAGCUGACACAGCUCAUUAUGCCAAAAACAUUACUGGAGAUAUAUAUGAGUCCGGGUGGAUUAGUGAGAUGUAUGGUUACUCUUUUGGCGCAGCAGAGUUGCAAUUGCGGCAUCUCAUAAACAAUGAGAUACUGAUAUAUCCGGGAUACAUUCCAGAACCUGGUGUGAAGUAUAGGGUUUUCCACUAUGGAUUGGAGUUUAGUGUUGGAAACUGGAGCUUUGAUAAAGCAAACUGGAGGAACGUGGACUUGGUUAACAAAUGCUGGGCCAAGUUUCCUGACCCUCCUGAUCCUUCAAUGCUUGAUCAGGUUGAUGAAAAUGUUCUACAGAGAGACUUGCUAAGCAUAGAAUGUGCAAAGGCACUGAAUGAAGCUUUACAUCUGCACCAUGAGAAGAGGAAAUGUCCUGAUCCUGGUUCCUUAGCCACUCCAAAUUUUGAGACAGCCAAGGAAGCUACAAUGUCAAGGAAAUUUGGGAGGCUUGAUGAGAUCCAUGCCCUAAGAAGUCCUUUUCCAGUGAAUCAUUCUCAGGAAUCUUCAGUACCUGCAUCGACAAACCAGACAUUUAGUUCUAUGAGGUUAUGGAUCAUUGGUCUAUGGGUUUUCUCGAUUUCAGCUUUUGUGGCUGUAAUGUGGGUGAUGAUUUCAGGUCGUAGAGGACAGAAAAAAAGAGCUAAAAGUCAUAAGACCAAGAGAAGAGCCUCGUAUUCAGGAUUAUGGGAUGUGAAUGGGCAUGAUAGGCACCUCCGCAGUUCUGAAAUAUUGUAGAUAAUUUUGAAAUUCUGGUGUGAAUCGGAAAAUAUACGAUGUCUGCUUGUGGGACUUGCUGGAAUUGGAAAGGGAUCUAAAGCACACAUGGUUAGGUUGAGACUGACUGGAAUUAAACACAACUGUUUUUUGCAGUGGAAGAGAGUUGUGUUUUGGCCAUGUCAGUAUUCGGUUUUGCUGGUUUACAGAGCAGUUCUUGUUUGGCAUAGUUCAGAAUCUUGAGUCCCAUGGCAGGAAGAAAAAAAAAAAAAGACUCAUGUUAAAUUUUGGGUAUCCAUUUGGUUAACUGCUAGUUCUUGUGUAUUUGUAGUAUUGGAUCAAGUUCUCUUGGAGAUUGUCUUAAAAAAACACUGGACAUGGCGAUAGAGUUGACAGCAGUCUGACCGGAUAAAGAGCCAGAAAAAGCUUGUGGAGAGAAAAUUCUUCAUUGUAACGUUGAGUUUUGUACUCCCUGUGUGUUGCUUGUUGGUAUUUUUGUGAACUUUUCCUUAACUUCCACGGGUGACGGUUACAAUUUUGAUGUAAGCUUAGACCUUUGUGGUAGGUAAAGCUACUUCAACUACAUUAGUUACCCAGUUCUUGAAGAUGCUCAAAAGAGUUUAUUAACUUCAAAGCAUUUAGUGAUAUGCCUAUUGAAAGAGAUGAAACCUUUUGUUAUCUCUUGGUCCUUUACUCAUGCAGUGGGGUAGAAUA